UGUGAUUAUGGAGUGUUGAUAUGAGGAAGGCCUCAUCAGUGGUGCACUCUAAGCUACUCCAAUUCCCAUAAUGCAUUGUUCAGGAAGUGCGCAACGAGGUACAGGAAAAGAGAAUAUUGGGUGGAUUUGUUUUCAAAUGAUCAUACGCAGAAAGUUUGGCUCUGAUGAGGAGCCGAUUAAGACCACGUCGGUUGCUGAUUUAUCCGUUUAUUGCAUUUGUUUGUUUUACGAUAUGGAUUACACGACACCUAAAACCCGAUGAUGCGACCGUAUCCCCAGGUGCCAUGACUGACCAAACACUAGACCACUUCCUGAAGAAGGGUCAGAUUGAGGGGAAGGAUGCUGCCGCGAUUCAGUGGUAUCAUGCAGCCAACAGCAGAGCCAAGAUCAACGAGGCCCUCCAAAGCUCCGCCCAUAUGAUUGAAGCUGACAUCCUCCUCCGAGGACGGGAUCCUGUUGAACCAAUCAUGGCCCACCCUCCUCACAACGACAGUGACAUCACACUACAGGAGUGGCUGAAGGAGGUGGCGGCAUCUGACAAAGGAAUAAAGCUUGACUUCAAAAGCUUGCAGGCUGUGGCCCCGUCCAUGGCUCUGUUGGAGCAGGUUCGCAGUGACCUACGUGGCCCCGUGUGGAUCAAUGCGGACAUCCUGCCGGGCCCCGGGGGCCAAGCCACCCCGCUGGAGCCCCAGGGCUUCCUGGAGGCAGUGGGGGCCAGUGCCCGAAACACAGUGCUCUCCCUGGGCUGGACCACCGGGUGGAAGGCUGACGGCGACAACCCAGGCUACAGCUGGGAUAUGGUUCGUGAGAUGGCGAAUGUGUGCAGACCCCUGGUGGAGCCGGUCACCUUCCCCGUCAGAGCCUCCCUCAUGCCCCAGUCCCUUGAACAGCUACAGUGGCUCCUGCAGCAGUCUGACAGGUACAGUCUAACGGUGUGGACGAGCCUGAGCGACACCCUGGCUGUGGAGGACCUGAUGCCCUACAGGCAGAACCUAAGCCACAGCAGAGUCUACUACGACCUCGCAGACUCCCAGAUGGAGCACUUCAAGGGCCUACCAGGCUUCUCCUGAGCCGCCUCCUGCACCCUGGGGGAUAUAAUACGACAAAGCUAGUUCAGGAGUAAUCCAGGUUAAUUUAGGAGGUAAAUCAUCUAAUACAUGGGUUUACCGUGUUUAUAAACACAAUGUUGUGAGGAGGGGCAAGACACUGACAGCCAACCACGUGAGCUAAUUUUUUGACCGACAGCGGUUUCCAACAAUCAGAGGUUGAGUUGUGCGCAGCUUGUCGCGCAGCCAGGAGAAAACAAAAAUUUAGAACCCAUGUAUAGAACCCAUGUAUAGUCCUCAUUUUCCAGGCUCUUCUAUUAGAUGAUUUACCUCUUAACUUAACCUGGUUUACCCUGAACUACUGUGAGAUCACUGAAUCACUCUUAAGAAAAUGAGCACUCCAGCAUCUUCUAUUUAGAUGAUUUACCUCUUAACUUAACAUGGUUUACUCCUGAACCAGCUUCUUAGUAUACCCCUCUCAAGUUCUAUCCUCUCUGCCGUGAAUAUACUGUACCACAGUGGUUCGCAAAACUGAGGUCGGGACACCUAGGGGGGUGGGCGUGGAUAAAAACAUUGCUUUAAAAAAGAAAAAAAAGAAAACCGAAAUCCACAACUUAACAGGUCAGAUAAUUCCAUGAAUUGAUCAAUAACUGUAUUCACUUGUAUGGUCAAUAGAUGUAUUUGCUGUCCUGUGUAUUUCUAGCAAUAUUAGCGGACAAACUAUUAAUGGAAAAUCUUAUAUCAAUAUUAGUGGACAAAAAAUGCUUUUUGAUUUCCCAUUAAUAUUGCUAGAUUGUCCAUUAAUAGUUUCUCUGAUAAUAUUGCCAGAAAUCCAUUGCUAGGCUAAUACUAUGUAGCCUGAUUUUCAUCGACUUUCAAAUCUCUUCGAGACUUGGUCUGACCAAGAGCAUAACAAUCAACGUUUCCCAAACAGCACUGUGGACUGGCCUCCCUUGGUUUUUUACUGGUUGAUUGGUUCCUGACAAAGUGGGUGGAGUUCCUGAUUUUUUGGGAGAUCAGAAACGAUAAUUACAUUGCUCUUGGCCUGACUAGAAGCAACACAGAAGAUGUUGCGUCACUAGGAGGACAUGGCCUAGCUAAAGACUAUGGUGGUGGGUGUGUGGGGGUUCACGAAAAAUUUCUGAAGUCAAAAAGAGGGUCCCCACUGAAAAGGUUUUGGAACUACUGCUGUACCACAUGGAAGCGGAUAGAACAAAGCGUGGUGGCAUCCAGUGUUUCAUCCAGUGUUUCGUGGUGGCAUUCAGUGUUUCAGACAGCUCAUUUGGAGUGGAUUUCUCGAAACUAUAAGUAGUUGCUAACUACAUCAACUACUUUGCUGUUUGCAAUGCAAUUUCCCAUUUGCAACUACCCAAGCUGCUAACUGGCUAGCAAUUAAGGUUUGGAGAAACACACCCCUGCAUUGGAGUUUUUCAGCUUAUUUGCAUUUUAACUUUCUCGCUUGCCCCCAUGAGAAUGAAUUGCUUUACCAAUUCGCUUGCAUUUAUUACACUUUAUCACUGACACCAGGAAGGCAUUAUGGCUCUGUGGACAUAUUGAUCAUUUAUCUAUAUAUUUUGUUUGUAUUAGUCAAUUAUUUUAGCUGUGCGUACAUGUAUCCAGUGUGAACCAUUGGGGGCCGUUUUCAAAGCGUGUGACAGAAAACCUGUGAACAGCAGCAGCACAGAGAGGAGAUAUCUGUGUGCUUUGUAAUGACACUGGUCUUUUUUAUUUAAUUGUGGGUAUUUAUGUUCUUACCAACCAAAGUAAUCAAGUAACACAAGCAACAGACAUAUUACUUUACACUUUUUAAGCGGAUGCUUUUAAGUGACUUACAAAGAGGGACAUGCACAGAUUGUAGACUUUGAGGUGUUGUGCUUUAUUCAGUGCUUUGCAAAGUUGAAGCAGAUUAUUUGUCAUGUUGGAUGGUUUUUUUUGUCCUUUCUCUGUUUCUGUGAAGUGCAGCAAUGGUAUAAUAUUAAAAUGAAAUAUAUUCUUGUUAAAUA